GCGACUACCCUCCAAAUAUAAUCGAUAGUGCAGUACAGACAACAGCCUGUUGGGUUAAACAUAUUUUUGCGUGUUAAUAUUAAAAUACACGGUUUCUUGAGUUCUCGUUGUAUCUAAAGCUACAAGGUGUCGGUAUCAACUAACGUCCUUCAAAAAGCACUCACGAUGAAUAUUCUGACACCCCACGACGGACCUGAUAUUUCACCCAUCGACUCCGGAGGUGAAUGGCACAGUGCGACCUUUUGGGUGUUGGUGGUUGGUGCGUCGGCCCUGGUGGCGGCGGCACUGGCCGUCUUCGCUUGUUGGAUUACCCGUCGCCGCUCCACGCUUGCUCAUAAACUUGGUGGAAAACGAGGCCCGGACAAGGCGCUAGUGUUCCAGCCUCCACGUCGUGCCACCGCCGUGCGGUCCCCGGGAUCUGCUACGCACUACCUGCGCAAGUCUCCAUCGCCGACUGCCGCUGCACCACCGCCGACUACGUCACCACCCCAGCCGCUACCUCCGACUAACCCAGUAAUGCCAUCUGGUGGCAACAGUCCGCAUACCCCGACAGCUCCCGAGCCCACACCGUUGAGCAAGGAGCUCGCUGAUGCCAACGCCACUGAAAAACCAAAGCCAAUAGAACCUGAGACGAACGAUGGAAAGCUUGGCGACCUGCACUUCAAACUGCGAUAUGAAAAUGAGAAGAGCGCUCUUGUUGUUUCGGUCGUCUCCUGCCAGGGUUUGCCUGGUCGCGAGCCCGCUGGACCAGACCCCUAUGUCAAGCUCCAGCUUCUGCCGGACAAACAACACAAAGUGAAGACAAGAGUUGUACGGAAGACCCGUUGCCCGGUGUACGAUGAAGACUUCACUUUCUACGGCAUCGCUCCCCACCAGCUCGCUGCGAUCACUCUACAUUUCGUUGUUUUGAGCUUUGACAGAUACUCCCGCGAUGAGAUAAUCGGCGAAGUGGUGUCGCCUCUGUCCACUCUUCAGCUGCACAGCGGAGAAGCUACCGCCCUCUGCCGUGAGAUACAACCACGAAGCUUGAAGAUGCGUAGCGUGGGUCGCGGGGAGGUGCUGGUGUCUCUGUGCUGGCAGCCCGCCGCCGCACGCCUAACUGUCGUGCUGCUAAAGGCCCGCAAUUUGCCCAAGAUGGACGUCACUGGACUUGCUGAUCCAUAUGUCAAGAUGUACCUGCUGUAUAACGGACAGCGUAUCGCCAAGAAGAAGACGCACGUGAAGAAGCGUACGUUGAAUCCAGUAUUCAACGAGUCGUUCGUGUUCGAAGUGCCGGCAGCUCCCAACGCCACGCUCGACCAUGUCUCCCUCGAGCUGCUCGUCCUCGACUGGGACCGCGUUACCAAGAACGAGGUGAUCGGUCGGCUGGAGCUCGGCGCGGAGGGCGCGGGCAGCGCGCGACACCACUGGCGCGAGGUGCAGGCCGCGCCGCGCCGGCAGAUCGCCGACUGGCACAAGCUCAAGGAGUGAGCCCUCACUGACCCUCCCCACGCACACUUACCCGCAUCUUCAUUCACAAUACCGCAAAACCCCUAUCCUAAUUAAUUAUUCUAUCCUUUAAAACCUUAACACUGGUCACACACAAUGCUUAAACGUUGAACAUCAUGAGUGAAGAAUUUCCAAUGUGUCACCUGUGAAUCUUCACUCCUGACGCCUGAUGUGCACUCGCGUUAUAGAAAUACCAACCUUACUUAGAUUGAAGCUCAACAUAGAAACGCAUACAUAUUUAGUUUGUACAUCCCUGACUUAUGUAUGAAGACAUUAAACUAUUUGGAUUUCUUCCAUACCACUAUACCUUAUAGUACCAAACACAUUCAUUCUAUCCCUGGCAUAACUGCUGCUUACCGAACAUCAUCACAAUUAUCAUAAAAAUAUAUUUUCAAUGUACCUUUUAAUCGAAAAACAUGUCAAAAUAGACAAAUCUAAACCCGAGUCAAUGGUUAAAUAUUACAAACAGUGAUGGAGUAAAGAAACACGUUGCGAAAUCAGUUCCUCAUUUUAUGUGAAAUAUAUGUGUUUAAUCGUAGAGGCAAAAAAUAUAUUAACACAAACAAAAUCUCAGCUAAAUAUCUCCUAAACAAAUGUCGAUUUGAUUUUAUGUAAAUGACAUUAAUAUCCCGUUACAUAUGAUAUGUUUUAUUAAAACAUCUACUGAUUAUAAAAUUAAAUACAUCGUUUAAUAGUCUCAAAAUGUCAUCAUUAUCGAAUGGAUAUUAACGAAUUUUAGUCUUGAUCGUAUUACUGGACGGUCCAAAUCGUUUGAAUAUUGCACAAUCGCAUAUAUAUUUAUAAAAUAAUCGUGUAUAAUGUCUUAUUAAUAAACUAUGAGGUUACAAUGUUUAGU